AUGUCUGACCCAAAGACCAAACCCAACAAAACCACGAUCGACCCAAUCACCACUACCACAAACAACUCAUCCCUCGACUCUCACUCCCACUCCCACUCAGAAUGGAUACAAUCCGCCCUAUCCAUCAUCCAAGCCGGCAGAAAAGCUGAACUGGAGCACCGCCAGAUGGUGGCAGAGUUGGAAGCAAUGGCCAAGAUGCUGGCAAAGAUGGAAGCAAUGGCCGAAGCAAUGACCAAGGAGUGGGCCAUGUAUGCGCCGUUCUCGAAGACCAUCAGGGAGGUGUUGGAGUUAGUACAGAGUAACGAGAUCGAUGCGGCAGGACAGGCUUUUGUCGAUCGGGUGCUCUGGGAUGUUAUUGAUGAGUUGACGGGAUCAUCUUCAUGA